AUGUGGGCUCUGUUCCAUACCCCUCCCUCCCCCAUCUGGGCCGGUGGGGGUUAUCCAGGCCUACCCCAACCGAUCCAGUUUCUCAUGCAGAUAUCUUCUGAAGGCCACCGUACCCCAAUAAAACAGCAUCUACCUGAAGGUUCCAAAAUGGCCGACAUCUGUGCUCUAGCCGAGCAGGACUUCCUACAGUUUCACAGCUUGUGCAGAGCCUUCUGGCUGAAGCUUGAACCCCCAUCUACAUCCAAGGUGCCUCAGCACACCAACCCAUUGCAGCAUAACCCACGGGUUCUGAGUCUCUGGAGAGUCAAAAGGCUCCCAUUGACGGCACCCAACUAUCUUCAGGCAGCGGGCAUGUCGGGUCCGUCGACCGGCACACAGCUCCCUCAGCCGGAGGAUCCAAAAGCAGCGGCAAUAUGGGCAUGCAAUCCCAAUACAACGAUGCAGCCCAGCCCCCGGUAA